AUGGAGUUGGGUUUGAGAUUAGGAAAUGAUCAAAACCCUCCUCCUCCUCCUUCUUCUUCUUCACACCCAACACCUCUUCAUUUUUCCCUUUCUUUUUCCUCCAUUCUUCAACCAUGUAAUGAACAUCAACCCCACAAUCACAAACACCAAAACCACCUCCUUCCCCUUUCUCUUAAUUCUUCUCCGCCGCCCGCCGCCACCUCCCGUCGAUCUUCUCAAACCGAAGGAUCAGAAGGAGCAGGUGUCUUUACAGAGGUGAUAAGCGGAGCAGCGGCGGACGACGAGGGUGGAGGAGAAUUGGGAAGAUCAAAUGGAAUAGUUUGGUCAAUAAGAAAUAAUAGGGAAGAAAGAGAGGAGGAAGAAGAUGAAGAAGAAGAAGAAACGAAUUUGGGUAGCAGAAAAAAAUUGAGGCUUACAAGACAACAAUCGGCGUUUCUUGAAGAAAGCUUCAAACAACACCAUACGCUUUACCCUAAGCAAAAGCUAGAAGUUGCAAGAAGACUGAAUCUUCGUCCUCGUCAAGUAGAAGUUUGGUUUCAAAACAGACGAGCAAGAACGAAGCUGAAGCAAACAGAAGUAGAGUGUGAAUACUUGAAGAAAUAUUGCGCAACAUUGACCCAACAAAACACAAAGCUUCAAAAGGAACUUCAAGAUUUGAGAGCUUUAAAAACUACCCAUUCUCUCUUCAUGCACUCUCCCGCCACCACUCUCACCUUGUGCGCGUCUUGUGAACGCGCCGCCGCAACCCCAAACUCCCGCUGAAUAACACUUCCACCCCCUUC